AUGGAUUAAAAUUAAAACAUCAGUCGUUGCACUCUUAUAGUAAAUGACAUUUAAAGUGAAUCUAAUAACAAUAUUGAUCAUUCAAUUAUUGGAAUAGAUGAAUCUAUUACAAAAUAAGUAGAUAUAAUAUAGAAUAUGAAAUAAAAGACUAGAUUUGAAUAAACAGAUAUUAAUAUUUCAUUUCAAAAUUUGUAAAGUAAUUAAACUAGUUCAAUUUCACCUAAGUAGAAAUCCUUUUCAAAAUUAUUGAUUUAUUUUCAUUCUACAAAAUAUGCGAAUAAAAUGCUAUAAUUAAUAAGACCAAAUCAAAAAUUUUCAAGGAAACAAUUUGAAAUAAUAAGUGAUUCUGCAUCCUCAUAUAAACAUAUGAAAAAAUCAUAAAAUAUUACAACAAAUAUAGUUAGAUAGCAUUUAUACUUAAUUGAUUUCAGAAUAAAAUUUAGAAUGAAAUAUAGAGCAUUUAAAACUUAAUUAAAAUAACUGUUACUUCGAUUCUUUUCCUAAAUUCCCUUAAUCGAACCUUAAAGUAAAUUUAAAUUAUUGUGGGAUUUAUUAUUGAGUGUAUAGAGAGUAUAUAUGAUAAUAUGGAUGCCAAUUGUAAUAUCCUUUCAUUCUAAAGAAAUAGAAUAAUAUCAUAGUCUUUAUAUAAUUAUAGCGUGCUUAUUUUUUAUUCUUGACGUAAUUCUGAGAGCAUUUACAAUUUGCUAUGACAAAGGAUUACCUUUGAAAGACAGAUUUGAACUUGUUAAAAGAUAAUUGACAUUAUCAACCUGUCUGGAAUUGUUUAGUAUUUUUUGUGGAAUCAUAAUGGCCUUAUCAUUUUUAACAUAAAUAGAGAGUCCAUAUAUAUUAGAGGAAGAUGGUUGGCCUAGAAUAGUACUUUUAUUAUUCUAUUAAUAAAUAAUGAAUCUUUUAUAAUUUUUUGAUACUAUUUAGCAUCAAUUAAAAUUAAGUAAGUUGAGUAAUUCAUUUAUUGAAUUACUUAAAUUAGUAUUCUUAAUUUUAUUAAUAUAACAUUUUUGUUGUUGUAUUUGGUAAGAAUAAUAAUAAAUUAAGGGUGGUGAUUGGUGAAUAUAAAUAAAGAUAAGAUUCAAUGAAUUGGCUUAAAAGAGUUGAAGGAGAACCUUGGCAAAUUGUUUAUUUGGAAUCAUUUUAUUUUAUGAGUGUUACAAUGUUUACUGUUGGUUAUGGAGAGAUUGUUCCAACAAGUAAAAUUAAUAAAUAAAAUUUAGAUCCUAUUGAAAAGAUAUUUUGUAUUUGUUAUAUGUUUCUAUCAACAAUGUAGCUUUCUUUCUCUGUUAAUACGAUAGGAACUAUAUUGACUUAAAUAAAAGAAAAUAAUGAGAGGAUAAGAUAAAAAAUGACUUGUAUAAAUGUUUAUAUGAGAGAAAAAUAAAUUAGUUAAAGUUUGUAAUAUAAGUAUAUUUUAAUUUAAAUCUAGAGUGAGAGAAUAUUUUAAUUUUUAUUGGGAAUAAGAAAUUAUAUAAAAAAAAAAUGAAUAAUCUGAUUUGAUUUAAUUAUUACCAGAAGAAUUAUAAACUAAUCUUAAAAUUGAAUCUGCUUAAGUCUUGCUAAAUAAAUGUGAUUUUUUUAAGAAAUUCUUUUCCUAAAAAUGUUUACAAAUGCUUCUUGAAAAAGUUGAAUUUAGAACAUAUCAACCUGGUAUAAUUAUUGAGAAUAAUGAUCUUAAUAUUUUCAUUAUUGAGCAAGGUCUAAUUGAAGUUAAAUAAUAAAAGGUAUAAAUUUAUAAAAUUAAAAAGAAAUAAUUAUGUUAUUUAAAGGAGAAUGAUUAUUUUGGUCAUUUGGAGAUGAAAAAUAAUUAAUCAUCGACAUUACAAUAUAAAACAGCAUCAUUUUGUAGUAUGUUAAUAAUUCCAAAUAAAGGAAUAAGGGAAGUUUUAUAAGAAAAUGAAGUUGAUUAGGAAUAAUUUUAAAAAAAAAAAGAUAUUAUGUAUUGUUAUGUUUGUUUGGACAAAAAUCAUUUAAGUAAUGAUUGUAGCAUGGUUCAUUUUGUUCCAGACAAAGAGAAAGUCAUAAAAUAAUACAAUUUUAUAUAAGAUUAAUAUCGUGAUAAUUAUUAAAGAUCAAGAAAUAGACAUCAUUUUUCUGCUUCUCAAGAUUAGGAAUUAAUUUUAAAUUCAGCAAAAAUUUAUUAAAUAGAAAAUGAUCAAAUAAUUGAAUAAAUAGUUCCAACAAUGUUUUAUGAAUAAAAAUAAUAACCAUAAUAAUUAGAUGAGUAAUAAAAUAAUGAAAGAUUUUAUUAAAGUGAUGUAAGUUAUAGGCAAAGCAAAUAUUUAUGUAAAGCUUAAGCUUCAAUAAACAUGUUAAGAACAUAGACUAUUGAUAUCUUAAUGAAUGAUUAUGGAGCGAAGGAAAUGUAUGAAUAGAUUAAAUAGAAAUAUUAAAAUAUUCAUAAAUACACAUAGUAAUAAUAAAAGGAUUUGUAAUUGCUAUAUAAAUAGUUGAGUAAUAAGAGAGAGGAAGAUUUGGAGAUUUGUGAUAAAAUGUAGAAUUAAAAAUGUAAUAGAGAAUGGAAUUUGGAUAAUAUUGUUAAGAAAAUAAAUAGAUGUUAUAGACAAGAACAUUUUAAAGCAGUGAUAGAGUAAUUUUAGAAAUAUAUGUUGUAUCCAAAUUUGUAUGUAUCUUUGUAUAAGAGGAAGAGAGUAAGAACAUAGGAGGAGGAGGAAAGAAGAAAUGCAUCAGUUAUUAUAGAAUAAUAUAAAUAAAGUAAAUAUAUAAAGAUUAUGUGAAAGAUCUCAGAAAUCUAAAAAGAAGAAAUGGAAGGAUUGUACCUUAAUUAAUAUUUAAUAUAAAUUAAUGAAUGACAAUAGGUAAAAAGAUCUUGAGAGUCCAAUUUUCUCAGUUGUUUGUUUUCCUGAUUCUGUUUUAGUGAGUUUAGGAGGAGGAGGAAAAAAAUAUGGAUUAGUUAAUAGUUUAGUAUUGUUUCAAUAAUCAUAUUCAGCAAUUAUAUCCAAAACCAAUAUAUGGAAUAUUGAAAGAUCCUAUAGAUACUUUAUAAUUAGGAGAGGAGAUAUUCUAAAGAUUAAGAUUGAACAAUAAGACAGGAUUAAUAGUAGGAAAUAGUGAUGAUUAAUGUGUGAUAUUAAAAGUUUAAGAUAAGAAGAUCUAAUUAAUAACUAAAUUUUAGACUGACAGAGCAGCUAAGGAACCUUGUUAAAAUGAUGGUCUAUUUAAUUAUUAAGGAGAUUCUUUAGCAACAGGAGGAGAAGAUGGAAUUUUGAAGGUUUGGAAUAAAGAUUAUUAAUUGAAAUACUCAGUAGAUAUGAAAGGCAAAAUUUAAUCAUUAGAUUAUCAUGUAUCUAAUGGAAUGGUAUAUCUAAUUUUGACAAUAGCUAAUUGUGGCCACUGAUAAUGAAGAAUGUAAAAUAUUAAAAGAAAACCACGUGUUACAUAAAUUAGAUAUUUCAUCAAAUAAUAUUCAUAAAUUACAAUUUCAUUCUGCUAUCUUUUCAUUAGAUGGAACUACUAUAUUUACGUUUAAAAAUCCUAUGAGAGGACCUUCAUAUAUGACAAGUUGGAGAAUAGAAAAUGAUAUUAUAAAACCAUUAAAAACAAUAAAGGUUCAUGGACAUCCAGUAGUUAGUACUUGUUAAUCAAGAGAAGGCAUGUUCAUUGGAAUUGGAUGUUCAGAUGGAACUGUAAAAAUAAUAAAUUCUAGGUAUAAUAGAAAUUAAACAUUUAGAAAAUUAGAUAUUGAAUCAAGUAAAUAAGCUCAUGAACUUCCAUGUACAGCCUUAUGUUUUACUCCUGAUUCUAGAUUUAUUAUUUCAGGAUCAGUUGAUGCUAAAUAUUAUUUUCUAUAAAAUAAUAGACCUUAAGGAACAUUUUCUUUACUAUCAAAAUUCUGGCUAUUUGGUAUGUUAUUAGCAUACUUAUUUAUUGUAAUCAGAGACUUAUUUGAAUGA